AUGUGGCAUCAAAAAGAUGAUAAUGGUUUUCUUCUCAAUGAGUUUAUUGAAGGAGUCAAAGGAUUCUUAAAGUUUGCCUAUGAACAUCCAACUUGUAUCUAUGAUAACAAAAUAAGAUGUCCAUGCAGCAAGUGUCGUAAUAGAAAAUUUUUAAAGGAAAAGGAUGUGCGUUAUCACCUCGUCAAAAAUGGAUUCACUCGUGGCUACGAGCAAUGGCAUGCACAUGGUGAACCAUUACAGAAAACUAAUGAUUAUGAAAGAGUUCAUAAUGAAGAAGGAUCUCGUUAUAGAACUAUGGUGAUUAAAGGUAUUGAUCAAGAUAUUGAUUGGACUUCACUAAGUAAUGAACAACCACCGAAUUAUGAUGCACAGAAAUUCUUUGACUUAUUAAAGGAUGCUGAUGAGCCACUAUGGAAUGGUUGUAAAAAUCACACUAAACUUUCAGCUGUGGCACAGUUGUUAAAUCUUAAGUCUGAGUAUAAUCUACCUGAGGCAUGCUACGAUAGACUUAUGUCAAUAAUAAAAAGUAUGUUACCGAAGAGUGAUAAUUUACCACCAAAUUUAUAUAAAACAAAGAAGCAACUUGCCAAUCUUGGACUUGGUUAUAAGAAAAUUGAUGCGUGUGUGAAUAAUUGUAUUUUAUAUUAUGAAGAAUACAAAGACUACAAAGAAUGCCCCAUUUGCUUUCAUCCCAGAUUUAAACCCAGGAAGCCUGGAGUGCGGAAAGAAGUGCCUUUUAAUGUCUUACGGUACUUACCAUUAAUACCAAGACUUAAGAGGCUUUAUGCAUCUACAUAUACUUGUGAGCACAUGACUUGGCAUGCAAAAAAUCAUUGUGUAGAUGGAAAAAUGGCACACCCAUCUCAUGAUGAAGCUUGGCAGCAUUUUGAUUGCACUUAUCCUUCAUUUGCCUCAGAUCCUCGAAAUGUGCAUCUUGGAUUAUGCACAGAUGGAUUCAGCCCAUUUAGUCAUCAAAGUACCCCUUAUUCAUGUUGGCCAGUGAUUAUUACAGUUUAUAAUCUUCCUCUAUGGAUGUGCAUAGAAAAGCCUUUCAUGUUCCUUAACAUGGUUAUUGCCGGACCAAAGAGUCCAAGAAAAAAUAUUGAUGUUAUUUUACAUCCUUUAAUAGAUGAGUUAAAAAAAUUAUGGAUUGCUGGAAUUGAAACCUAUGAUGUGUGUUCUAAACAGAACUUUCAAAUGAAGACUGCACUUUUGUGGACAAUCAGUGAUUUUCCAGCAUAUGCAAUGUUGUCUGGUUGGAGUACUCAUGGAUGGUUGGCAUGUCCUUACUGUAUGGAACAUACUAAAUCAUUCCAACUUAAAUGUGGGAGGAAGGCUUCUUGGUUUGACUGUCAUCGCCAAUUCUUACCAUAUGAUCAUCCUUUUAGAAGACAAGCAUAUAAGUUCCGAAAGGCUAAGGUUGAAAAAGAUUCUCCACCUCUUCGUUUAACUGGGGAAGACAUUUAUCAAAGAGUAAAUAGACUCCCACAUGUAACAUUUGGGAAACCACUAAGUGUCACCCAACCGAUUGAUGGAUUUGGCAAAAUGCAUAAUUGGGUUAAAAGAAGUAUAUUUUGUGAGCUACCUUAUUGGCAAACAAAUCUUAUUCGGCACAAUUUAGAUGUGAUGCAUAUUGAGAAAAAUGUAUUUGAUAAUGUUUUCAACACUAUCAUGGAUGUCAAAGAUAAGACGAAGGAUAAUGCUAAAGCUAGAAAAGACUUGGAGCAACUUUGUAGCCACCCUGAGUUGCAUUUGAUUGAGCACGCAAAUGGUAAAGUUUACAAACCAAAAGCACCAUACACUCUGAGCAAAUCACAAAUGAAAGAAAUAUGUGUCUGGGCUAAAUCUUUAAAAUUUCCAGAUGGAUAUUCAUCGAACAUAUCUCGUUGUGUAAAUGAAAGCGAAUGCAAGUUUAUUGGGAUGAAGAGCCAUGAUUGUCAUGUAUUUAUGCAAAGAUUAUUGCCUGUUGCAUUUCGUGAUCUUCUUCCAAAAUCAAUUUGGGAAGUAUUAAUAGAAUUAAGCAAUUAUUUUAGGGAUAUAUGCAUAACUGUGUUGCAAGUAGAGCACAUGGAACAAAUUGAACUAAAUAUUAUUGAGAUACUGUGCAAGCUUGAAAGGAUUUUUCCCCAGCUGUCUUCGAUUCCAUGGAGCAUUUGCCAAUUCAUCUUGCAUAUGAAGCUAAAGUGGGUGGACCUAUUUUUGUACCAUUUGAAGAAAAAAGUGGGUAAUAGAGCUCGAGUUGAAGUUUCUAUUAUUGAAGCUUAUAUGAUAGAGGAAGUCUCAACAUUUUUUUCAUCAUACUUUGAACCAAACAUCCAAUCACGACUAAAUCGAAUUCCACAAAAUGAUGAUGGAGGAGCAGUAGAUUCUUCUAGCGGGUUGUCAAUUUUUACUCACCCAGGACGAGCACUUGGCUCUCGAGUUGCAGUUAGAUAUCUUAAAGAUGAUGAGUUAAAAGCUGCCCAUAGAUACAUCUUGAUGAAUUGUGACGAGAUCGUUCCACUUAUGACGAAAUCUAUUGAAGUAAAGAAACAACAAUAUUCAGGGAUCAAUGACAAGGAACUUCAAAUAUUAUGUGAUCAAGAAUUUCCUCAAUGGUUACUCACUUAUAUUCAAGAACAUCCUUUUGAGGUUGAUGAUGACAUAAAGAAGCUAGCACAUGGUCCAAAUAGACGGGUUUCAAGUCAUAAAGGAUACUUUGUCAAUGGAUUUAAAUUUGAGACCAUGGAACAUGGGCGUUACAAAGCAACAUCAAAUUAUGGUGUUUGUGUGUUGGGGAGCACCGUCAAUGAGUAUGAAGUCGACUACUAUGGGGUGUUGGAAGAAAUUCUGGAAUUGAAAUAUUACGGUCUUAAGGAUGCUAUUGUAUUGUUCAAGUGUCAUUGGUAUGAUACAUCAGAUAAAGGGAUGAAAGUGCAUAGGUUGGGUCUUGUAGAAAUUAAUCAUAAAUCAAAGUUAAACACAAAUGACCCUUUCAUAUUGGCUGCUCAAGCCCAACAAGUGUACUAUAUCACAUCUCCUACCAUCAAACAUGAGAGGAAUGAUUGGGUCACAACAUGCAAAGUGAAAGCUAGAGGAAAGUUUGGCAUACCAUUCCUUGAAGAGCAAGAUGAAAAUGUUUCACCUAUUGUUGAGGUUGCUUAUCAAGAAGAGGAGAUAUCCCAUCCACACCUUGUUCUCACAGAUACAGAUAUUGAUGAUGAUAACAUUAUUUGUGAUGUUGACGAAGAGGAAUUAAAUUCAAUGGAAAUUGAGGAGCUUCAUCGUGUUAUGAAUGGCAAGCAAGUUAUCGCAGAUUGUGAAUCGCUGGAGGAAGAAUUUGAAGAUUUUGAAUCAGACGAAGAAACACAAGAUGAAACGGAUCACGACUCUAAUAAUAGUGCUAAUGAAAUGGAAAAUUAUAAUUAA